UUGUUGACCUUUUUUUGUUUGAAGAAUAUUUUAGAAACAAUCAAACGAAAGAGUGUAAUUUAAACUAGCCGGUCUUGUACAAAAGUUAAUAAUUUACCGUAUAAAAUUGCAUGUUCAAAGCUGAGUUAGUAAAACUAAACCCAAAAUCAAAUACGAGGAUCGUGAACGAGAUUGGCCAUGUGUGAUUUGUGCAUUAUUUGCUGAUUCUAAACUAAAUGAUGAAUGAUUCGGAUUCUGAGUACGAGGAAACUGAGUAUUUGGUGUUUGCGGAUUUUAAAAACCAAUUGCCACCCCACCUGCUAAAGCACGAGAAUGCAGCGAUUAAAAUUAUAGGAGUGGAGAGCGACAAACCCAUGGCCGAGGUAAAUGGCAGCAUUUACAAAGGCACCUACGAGCAAUCCACGGGGACGAAUGUAUUUUUCGAAAAGGACACGGAACGCUCGCCGGCUGACCCGCUUUUCGAGACAGCCUGUCGACAGAAGUACACAUACCUGGACAAGUCCGACAAAGUAAUUACCUUUGAGCGGGUUUACGUAGAGAAAUUGCCGGUAGAGACUGAGAAAGCAACAAAGGCGCAAGGGACGCCCAUUGCCGAAGACACGGACACGCCACAGACAACGAAACUGAAUAUCACCUAUAAGGAAGCAAUAAAUAAGUUCGGAGAGGAGCUUUAACUUUGCGCCAUGGAAAUGUAUCUCGAGACGCUGGAACGACCCAUACAUCUGCGUUCUUUUCUUUCCGACUACCAAGAAAAACUUCCCAAAGCAACUGGCGGGACAGAGGAAGUGCCAUUCUUUUUCUCCGCUGCCUCGCCGGUGU